AACACUACCAGUUUUUCUAGGCGGGAGCGAGAUUUACUUGCGCGCGUGACGUAUUGGAAAGGAGUCUUCAUUUUCAUUCAAACAUUUUAUUGCAGACAAACUCAACAAAAGAAUAAUUAUAUAGAGCAACCAACAUGUUCAGCUGGAAGAAGCAGAAUCCACCGUCCAAGCAGCGCCAAACACAGCAGGGCACAAAUGAUUACAGUGAUCUUAUUGCCCAAGGAAUGCGGCUCGCUCAAGAUGUUGAUGGGGAUGAUGACAUGGGUGACAUUGGCGACAUUGGCGACGAUGACCUCGGUGAUGCCGAUUUAAAUGACCCAGAACUCCUAGCAGAACUACAGGGAUUGACGGGCGAAACUUCAAUAUCAAAACCAAUACCUGCGCCAACACCAAGGCAGUCUUCUGCCAAAACGUCUACACCUGCAGCAACGCUCACACAAGCGUCAACAAAACCAGUAUCUGCUUCAAACCCUUUAUCAACAAAAGUCUCUGCUACUACUGACAAAUCUGCCGCUUCACCUACUCCGCCUCCAUUGGCUGGACUAGGCGUGGAUCUUCAGGGUAUCAUGGAGGACGAUGAUGAUGAUGUUGAACUGACGGAAGACGAUUGGAAAGAUCCACAUCUUUUGGCUCAAUUGCAGACAUUUGGUGGCCAUAUCGACCAUAGUGGACAGGAUCAAGCAGGAGCGACCGAAGCAAAGCCGAUAAUCAAACAAGAUGAAAAUACGUCUUCUCAAGCACAAGCUGGCAUGGAUAGUGCAACAAUUUCUACGACGACAGCUUUAAAUCCCCCAACAAACCUCAGCUCAUUGUCAUCGAAAAUAGGAAAUAACUCUAUUGAAAACCAUAAGCCAAAAUCAGCAAGCUCCUCCAUGAUCGCCAUUGCGCCAAAAGACCAGGCGUUUAUAGAUGGAAGUCUGGAUGGAGACACUGACAUGAGCGAACAGUCACAACCACCACAGGUGGGAGUUAUGAUUGCCGAGGGUCCUCAAAAAGCAUCUCCCACUUUAUCAAAAACAUCUAAGCGUCUCGAGCCCAUCCCGCAAAAGAAUGACAAGGAGCUCUUACAACUGCUAAAGGCUCGGGAUGUACAAUAUAAACGAGCAGCACUCGAGGCCAAACGAGCAGGCGAUAUGACACUUGCUGCAGAAAGGGUCAUGACAUUCAAGAAGAUCCAAAAAUGGAUUGCAGUGCUCGAGGCCGGAGGCUUCCUCGACUUGGAGCUCUAUCCUAUCCCAGAUGAACCGCCAACAAUUUUGGCCACAGCGCCCACAACAACCUCUGCUAAGACAAGCAAGGGUACCGGCGCAGCACCAAUAGCGGCCAGCUCAUCCACUUCAACACGAAUUCAAUCCGGCGCAGAAGGCAGGGCCUUUUCACCACCUAUUGCAUCAUCUGCAUCUGAAGCUACAACUCAUGUUACCAGUAGCAUUGCAGAAGCCUCUGCUGACGAUGUCAGGGGCGGAUCAACAGCUCGUGGAACACUUGGUGGGAUUAAAUUCAAACAAUUGGCAGCAGACGAUGACUUUCAGAUUGUAUCCAAUUCGGACGACGAUACGUAUGAUAUGUUACAGUCACAACUGGAGUCUCAAAUCAAAAUGUGUACUACCACAUGCGCCUAUUACUAUCAGACGGGGGAUAAGCAAACAGCACUAGAAUUCCACAAACUCAAUAAGAUCUUUAAAACAGAUCUUGCUUCAUUACAAUCAUAUCGACAGCAUGGCAGAAAGGCACCAGCGUUUCAUUUUCAGGACGUCCGUUUUGAAGUCGAAGUCGGGUUUUAUCAGGAAAUUGGACUCAAUGAAUUAUCUCUUAGCAUUGUACGAGCCUGGGAUUUGAGCCAUAAGGACGUUCAACCUACAGAGAUUGAGUCGUAUGUAUCAUGGGAUUUAGGAUGGCCUACUGAGAAUAUGGCAGGCUCAGGGGCAGGUAAAGGCACAACCCCUACAGUGAAACGAACAAAUAAGCCGGAUUACAAUUACUCGAAGAUUUUGGGAAUAGAGCGUACGAGAGCGUUCCAUAGAUUUGUUGAGCGCAGGAAGGCGACUUUUGAAGUGUGGCAUUAUCGGGGUAUCCUUUGGAAGGGCUACUUGCUUGGGCGUGCUCAAGUUUCGCUCCAGCCACUCAUGAACCACUCUGAGAUUCAUGAAAUUGUUCCGCUUCUGGACCCUACGACACGACGCGCCACCGGGGGAAAGAUUGAGAUCAAGAUCCAACUGCAGCGUCCAUUACUUAAGCCUGAGAUUGUGACCAAGGAAGAAAAAUGGCUGGUUAUUGAUGAGUUCAACUCUGGUGGACUAGGAUUCCCCUCGCCAAUCACGGCAACAUCCCAAAGCCGUCCUGCCACUAAUACAAGUGCUGGUGGAGGAAGAGCAGGAGCUGCUGUUGGUAGGUCUAAUAAGGCUGCAGUGGCUUCAACUACACCAGUAAGUCGGGCAACUUCUGGUGCGUCUCCGACUUCAGCGCCAGAGGCACCAAAGCAGACUGCGGCAGCGGUGACAGGCGCUUCGGCCGCUCGUAGUAGCAAACCUGCAGCUCCACCAUCGAAAACUACAACGCCUGUUGCCCAAGCAUUAGAGCCAGUCAAAACUACACCCGUUGGCCCUUCUGCUCCAGCCGCUACUGGUGACGAUUUAGAGGAUACCGAAGCUGAGAAAGCACUCAAUGAAUUCAACAGUGUCGAUCUGAUUGUAUCCAACAUGGUUCUAGAGAGUGAGGUUCAGAUAGCACAACAGAUGGUGCAUGAUGCUAAGGCGGCGGGCAAGAAUGAGGCAGCGGAGGAGUAUCAGGAUCGGUUGACGCAGCUGGAAAUCAAACUGAAGCUGCUUGUACUUCAGGUCCAGAUGGGUCAACUAACCAUGGAGGCAUAUUGCCAAAAGGUCAAUGAGCGGAUUGUCAAAGAUAAAAAGCUUGCGGUCGAAUUGAAGCGAUUGGGUAUGGUGCCGGAGGCGAUGCGUGCUUUAGCACGGUCUAAGAUCAUGGUGCAAGAAAUGAAGGAGGUAGAGGAGGCGAUGGCAGCACAAGGUGAGGGGGACGAAGAGGAGGAAAAUGUGUAGAAAGAAAGCCCUGUAGAUAAUUACAUUCAAUAAAG